AUGUUACAGUCGUUAAUAAACACGUUUUGGAGUGAAUAUGUUUGGUUACCGCCUAACACAACAUGGUCUGACAUCGCUCCCGGGCCGGAAAAGCUUGUAGUAUAUACGGAUCAUCGGCAUGUCUUCUUUCCUAUACCGUUAGCACUCGUUUUUAUAAGUCUCCGUUAUGUGCUAGAUAGGAUAUUGUAUGCUCCAUUUGGAAAAUACCUUGGUAUCAAAGACAUAAGACCAAGAAGAGCACCUGAAAAUCCUAAACUAGAGGCAGCUUAUAGGUCAGGACCUCGGAACCACAAACAAUUAUGUGCGUUAGCGAAGCAGCUAGAUAUAACAGAGCGUCAAGUGGAGAGGUGGUGGCGUCUGCGCAGGAGCCAGGAUAAACCCUCGACUCUAACUAAGUUCUGCGAAAACGCCUGGAAAGUCACAUUCUAUGUAGUCAACUUCAGCUUUGGAGUUUAUAUCCUUUGGGAUAAGGAGUGGCUGUGGGAUAUUGAUCAGUGCUAUAUUGGAUAUCCACAUCAGGGUCUGACAGAUGACAUCUGGUGGUACUACAUGAUAUCGUCAGCGUUCUAUUGGUCGCUGACGAUAUCCCAGUUCUGGGACGUGCGUCGGAAAGACUUCUGGCAGAUGUUUGUGCAUCACUUGGCAACCAUCGCUUUACUCUCCUUCUCCUGGGUCUGCAAUCUUCACCGUAUUGGCACGCUGGUCCUGCUAUUGCACGACUGCGCUGAUAUAUUUGUUGAGGGGGUCAAAGCAUCGAAAUAUGCUGGUUACCAGAAGCUGUGUGAUUCCCUGUUCCUGGCACUGAUCGUCGCUUGGAUCACAACUAGAGUUGGCAUUUUCCCCUUCUACAUUAUAUGGAGCACGCUAGUACGAGCGCCACAAUUAGUACCAACGUUCCCGGCGUACUAUAUAUUCAACUCGCUGCUUUGUCUGCUUCUCGUACUGCACGUUGUAUGGACCACUCUUAUCCUACAGAUCGCGUACAAUGCUAUGAAGGCUGGACAGAUGGACGGCGACGUGCGAAGUUCGACGGAAGUGAGCGACAGCCCUAACCACUCGAAUCAUUCUAACAAUGGCUCGCCUACUAGGAGAAACAAAAAGUAA